GUUGCAUUCGGCUGCUGGAAUGCACAUCGGUAGAGUCGCCUUCCACAGCGCUCCGGACGAGAAAGCGCUUUUAGCAACGAACGAAUGAACUGAGUAGUACAGGGUGCACAGCCUGGAGUUUUGCAACGUGCGCACAUCAGUCUUCAAGAGAGAGAGAGAGAGAGAGAGAGAGAGAGAGAGAGAGAGAGAGAGAGAGAGACUGCUGCUGAGCACCUGGAGGGAAUCACCUGUCGUUAUUUGCUGCCGAGUUGUUUUCUCAUCUAACAAAUGGCUCAUUGAGUACUUCCUGCCUCUGGCCAAGCAUGUCAUGCGCGCAUGAAAGGUGCUACUGAUCCACAGACAGCUGGGGAAAAAAGUAGAAAGAUCUGUGUUUAUAUUUAAAGGCUCAAUACGUAUUGAUUUCUAAUUGUCACGCCAUGCUAAGCGUUCCGGGACGCGAGUGAAAAUGUAGCAUUAGCGAGCAAAAAACAAAUAGUUAUUGGAUUCCAUUGAGAUCUUGUAAGUUUAUACGAAACUGUAAACGUAUUAUUCAGUACAUCUUCAGUAUAACGUUCAAGAGCAAAGAACGAUAAAAACAAUAUUCAAUAUUGUAAAGUGAUUUUUUUUUAUUAGAAAAGAGAACGAAAAUCAUAACUUUCACUGUGAAAACGUAAAACCAAUAAGUUUUGCGUUAAGUAAAAACUCUGUCUGUAAUGGUACACUGAAUAAAAUACGAGAGAAACCGAAAGCUAAAAUUAACCAGAAGCAUCUCCAAGUCUAUCACGUACUAAAAGCUGCGCAUCGUGACGAUAAGACAAUGGCGCCAGCUCUGUCAGAUGUUCUUCGUGGCUUCAAUCGCCCGAGGUCUGAUAUUCGUGUAUCCGAUACGGACUCACUGACGCCUGCCAGAAAGGGAGAAGGCCGACUUGUCAGAUGCGGUGGGUGCGUCAAGAAAAGAAUGGAAAUGUGGUGCAAGAAACUGCUGUUGACGACAUUCUUCGUGGCCGUUUUCUUGUCCUCCGUCGACGCCAAGAAAAAGGACAUCCCAAGUACACUCCCGUGGAAGACGGACGGAAGGCGUUGCCCUAUGGCUUUCCACGAGAUCGGUAACAAGUGCUACUUCUACGGGUACUUCCCCCUGAACUGGUACAGAGCGGCGGAAUUCUGCCACUCCUUCGGGAGGGGCGUGUCCUUGGCCAGCAUCGAGUCGCUCCAAGAGAAUUACUUCAUCAAGAAGUGGCUCUCUGUUAACGGUAACCACAACACCGGGGUAUGGAUCGGUGGAUCUGAUAACGGGCACCACGGCCGCUGGGCAUGGUUCCCGACAGGCCAACUGAUAGACUACAGCAACUGGGGUCCUUCUCAGCCCAGCGGAGGCGAUCAGCACUGCAUGUAUAUGGUCGGAGGUCUCUUGGGCUACCAGUGGGCAGAUUUCCACUGUGAAUUCGAAAUGCAUUUUCUCUGCGAGGAGGACGUCAAUGACAUCGAGCCCUGGCGAUGAUUGGCAUAAAAAAGUCCGGUAGUACUAGUUUUAUAUAUUAGGAUCAACGGAGAGGCCGUGGAAGCUUUAUUGGCUGAGCAAAUAUCACACCAGUGGAUUGUCAAAGGACCAGACUCUGCCAGAGGACGGAGGCUUGAACUUGCAGGUACUGAGAAAAUCAGACAGUUCCCGUAGCAUGGACUACCUACUCAGUUAAUGUUGGCAAGCGAAACUAAUUGUCAUGAAAAACAAAUGCGAGAAGUCCCCCGUGAGUUUUAAUAAGUGACCGAUUUCGUAGACUUACAGCGCAGUGCAAUCUGGGGAUGAGGACCUAUUUUGUAGAUGUGGAUUGUAUGGAACUAAAUGAAAAUAAAGGGGGUGCGGGCGGGGCGCUAGGAAAGGUAGACUGGAUGUGUGUUAAGUUCGGUAAAAGAAAUUAUAGUUUUUCAAAUAGAUGGGAAGGUAUUCUCUCUUCCUAAUGGACAGCAGGUUAAACAAGGCGUUACGUUUACGGCAAAUGUAAUAGAAAUACAGAACAGACUGAAUAAAUCAGUUGGCUCUUUAAAACUGUAGCAAUA